CCCGCAGCAUUGCGGCAGCUUUUAGUCUGAAAUACAUCCAGCAUGUGUUAUUAUGCUGACUUGACAUACUGUUGUCGUUUCCUCCUUGGACGAUGACCUGAUGUAGCGGUGUGAACGUUGUCGGAGAAGACGUUUUUUACCUCACCCCCUGAAACUGGAAUUUGAAAGUUCAGCGAUGGAUUUUCACCAAUAAGUUUUCCUUACUUCAUAGUGAUCAUGUAAUUGGUUCACUGGAUUGUUCAGCAGGAUGUUUUGUUGCCAUGGGAUGACUUGUUAGUGAAACUGACUCUCAUAAGUUUUGCUGAAAUGUCCUGUACAGAAAAAAUAUCUUAAUCUAUAAAGCUUCUACAGUUGCUACUUUUAGUGUAUCACAUCAGCACAAUCACACAGCCAUGGGCUUCCAUUUGCCUGUGUGCAAGUUUUUGCGAAGGGGGAAGUAUUUCCUACUGCUCCUCGUCUCGGUCUCGGUGCUGGUAUGGAUCGCAACCUUUUCAGGAGAAACUAUGAAGUCUGUUCAGGUUUCUUCCGCCACAACACAGACUCUUGUCAAAGGAGACGACCUGAGGGAUAAAGUCAACUCUUGGACUGUGGUACCUGAUCGGGUAAAUACUCUACCACCAAAAGGCAAAUGCCCCGAGGAGUCACCUCUGCUCAAGGGAGCUGUGAAGCUGUCCUUUGAGUCCUCCCUGAAAAUGAAGGAUGUGGAGAGUGAAAACAAAGGAGUGACGAGAGGCGAGUAUGAGCCUGCAGACUGCACAGCGAGGCAGAGCGUAGCGAUCCUCAUCCCCCACCGCAGCCGAGAGAGACACCUCCUCUACCUCUUGCACCACCUGCACCCCUUUCUGCAGAGACAGCAGAUACACUAUGCCAUUUAUGUCAUCCAGCAGGCUGGUGAUGCAACGUUUAACCGUGCCAAAUUACUGAAUAUCGGAUAUUUGGAGGCACUGAAGGACUACAGUUGGGAGUGUUUCAUCUUCCAUGAUGUGGAUCUGGUUCCUGAAAAUGAUCAUAAUUUAUAUGUGUGUGACAACCAGCCCAAACACUUAGUGGUUGGCCGGAAUGCCACAGGAUACAAGUUGCGUUACAAAGGCUACUUUGGAGGAGUCACAGCUAUGACCAAAGACCAGUUUCAUCAAGUGAAUGGAUUCUCAAACACUUACUGGGGUUGGGGUGGAGAAGAUGACGACCUUCGCAUCAGAGUUGAGCUGCAGAAAAUGAAGAUCGUGCGGCCGCCUGCUGACGUAGCUCGCUAUACCAUGGUGUUUCACAAACGGGACGCUGGCAAUGAAAUAAACAAGGACAGGAUGAAUUUAUUAGUACGAACGCCGCAGGUCUGGAGAAAGGAUGGACUCAACAGCUGCUCAUAUAAGACUUUGUCUGUAGAGAGGCUGCCCCUUUAUGUGAAUGUUACUGUGGACAUUGGUAAGCCACAGAGUUGAGAUUUCAAACAGGAAGCCCUGCUGUGACCAAAAAAUAUUUUUGGAUCUAUUUUAUACAGAACCUUUAGGCCAGAAAAGGAUGUAUACAAGACAACAUGAAGCACAUCGUUUAACUUAGUUUUACAUAUUCAGAAACAGUUUACCUGACUACUACAUCUUUGCACAUUUUUGCAUAUCAUGUGGCCUUAAUUUCUUAAUAUUAUUACCAGCCUGCAAAAAACAGGAAACAUUUUUUUUCUUCAAGUAAUAAUUGGCUUUGAUCAAAUAAAGAAGGAGACCUACAAAUAUUUCUGUAUUUACAUUGUAGUGCCGAAACAAUCAGCUGUCAGACUUGCAUUGCAGGACAUUUUGCACCUUUGAGAAUUCAAAUCAGCCAGAUACCCGAGUACACCUUCAUGUGUGUGCAGAGCCUGUUUGGGUUAAGUUGGUUACUGCUUGGUCUCAUCAAGGCAGUGAAAUGACUGACGGGUAACUCAAUAGCCUUGCUUUGUUGACACUGACAUGUUAAUUACAAACUGUAGACAAUGCAAAUUCUCAUGUUAAGUCAACAUUGGAUCAGUUUAUAUUAGUGAUGUACACUAAAGCUGCAAUGACUGAUUUUUGAUCGCUAGAUGGUAGAAAGACAAACAAACAGCAACAGAGCGUUAAGGUAUUAGCUUAUCGGUUUCUUACCAAACUAAUCCAUACAGUAGCCUGUGACAUUACCAAUAUAAAGUAAUCAAUAUGAACAUAUUCAUGAAAUCUUAGUAAUCUUAAUAAUACCAGCUAUUUGAGGACUUCCUCAGCUGAGGGUAUAGGGUGGCUCUGCAUCAGUUUUAGAGCAGACAACAGAUGA